AUGCUUACUCGUAGAACUGCUCAAGGCAAUCUUACCCCCUUGGAUUCAGAGAUAGAACGCACUUGCAAGUCGAAUAGGAAGCAAACGAAGGGAACUAGUUUGCCAAUUCACGACACAACGGCGGGUUCUACUUCUUCACAAGGGGAGGAGGACGAGAAAACACCACCAAACUCACCUGCACAUUCAACUCACGAGGACAAAGAGGAACCCCCAAGACGCGACAUGGCACUGAAGGAUGCUUUUGUUCCUACAGCUUCGGAAUCCCCCUCAUGCAUAGCUUACACACCACCGGGCAAUCAAGCCUUCUCCAUUCCUGUGCAGCUCCUGAACUCACUGCCUAAGUACUCGGGCACACCAUCUGAGGAUCCUAAUGUUCACAUUAGGGAAUUCUUAGAUAUUUGCAAGCUGCAAACCAUUCAGAACAUCCAACCAGAAGGACUCAGGUUACUUCUAUUUCCCUUUUCUUUAAAAGAUGAUGCAAAACGUUGGUUGUACUCGUUACCUGCAGGUAUCAUCACAACUUGGGAUGAAAUGGUUAAGAAGUUUUUGAAACAAUAUUUCCCCGCUCAACUGACAAAACGACUAAGGAGGGAGAUUCAAAACUUCACUCAAAAGGAUGGAGAUACACUAUAUGAGGCAUGGGAGGAAUUUCAGGAGUUGCAAAGGAAGUGUCCCCAUCACAACUUCAGUCUGAAUGACCUUGUCCAAUUUUUCUAUGAUGGAUUGGACAUAGCUAAUAGGGGCAGCGUUGAUUCUGCGUGUGGAGGGACUUUCAUGAAUAAAACCGGUCAAGAAGCAUAUAAUCUGAUUGAUGAUUUGGCCGACAACAAUAGACAAUUCUACACAAGGGAUAAACGUACAAGAGGACGUGGAGUGUAUGAAGUUGAUUCAAGGAACCAAAUGGUGGCUGUGGAAAGAAAGAUUGACAUGUUAAUGAAUGCCUUAGGCAAUGGCAUUAAGGCAACACCUCAGGUAUGCUCUAUUUGUUCCUAUUCUGAUCAUACUACUGAUAGAUGUCCUAUGUCUGCUAUGUCUGAGGAACAGGUGAAUUACAUGGGGCAACAAAGGCCCAAAUAUGACCCUUACUCGAACACGUACAAUCCGGGAUGGAAGGAUCACCCAAACUUCCGUUGGGGCGGUAAUGACAACGUGCUUCGACAUACUCAAGGCGUCUACAAUGGACCACCUGGAUUCCAACAAGGGGCCAAGCAGCAAGUCUAUCAACAAAAUCCUCCUCAACAAUCCUCAAGCAAGUCAUUGGAAGAACUAGUGAAGGAGAUGGCUUUGAACACUGCAUCAUUCCAAAAGGACACUGCAUCCUUCCAAAAGGAUGCCGCAUCCUUCAUACAAGAGGCAAGAUCUCAACUCAAAGAGCAUGGUCAAUCCAUCAAGAAUUUGGAAAGGCAAGUUGGGCAACUUGCAACCGAGAUGCAAACUAGACUUCCUGGCACCCUCCCUAGCACAACCGUUCAAAAUCCAAGGGAUGGACGUCGGGCUGAGCUUAAUGCAAUCACUCUAAGGAGUGGUAGACAAUUGGAAGAAAUCUCUGGGCACCAAAGAACAUCCAAGAAAGAUCAAGAAGAGAAGGAGGCGCAGAGAAGUUCAAGGGAGGAAGAGAGAAUCAUCCCUGGAGAGAAAACGAUCGAUCUCGGCCAUCUAAACGAUCGAUCGUUUAUGACCUCAGAAGCCAAACGAUCGAUCUCUCCAAUCCCAACGAUCGAUCUCACGGGGGUUGAUCAGAAUGUUCAUGUUUCUUCCCCUCCAAAGGUAAAAGAUCUUAAUCCUCCUAAGUUGGUUACUUCAUGUAUUCCUUUCCCUCGCAGGUUCAUGAGCUCCAAGAAAGAGCAAGAAGAGAAGGAUGUCUUGGAAACUUUUCGUAAAGUCCAAGUUAACAUCCCUCUCUUAGAUGCUAUAAAGCAAAUACCGCGAUAUGCUAAAUUUCUCAAGGAGUUGUGCAUUAACAAACGGAAGUACAAGGAGAAGGAAACCGUUGCUCUAAGUGAAGAAGUAUCCGCUGUGCUCUUGAGAAAGCUACCUCCUAAGUUGAAGGAUCCCGGAAGGUUUACAAUCCCUUGCAUCAUUGGGGAUAAAAGGUUUGGUAAGGCUUUAUUAGACUUAGGUGCUUCAAUUAAUCUAAUGCCUUUCUCUGUCUAUGAGUCUUUGAAUCUAGGUGAGCUCAAACCAACACCGGUAACUAUCCAAUUAGCGGAUCGCUCAAUAGCUCUUCCUAAGGGUCUUGUGGAGGAUGUCUUGGUUCAAGUUAAUCAUUUGAUAUUCCCCGCGGAUUUCUUUGUGCUUGACAUGGAACCCGAGCCUGUGCCAUAUGACUUACCACUCAUUCUUGGUCGUCCAUUCUUGAGGACUGCUCGCACAAAGAUAGAUGUCUUUGAAGGAACCUUGACCAUGGAAUUCGAUGGAGAUGUUAUAAGCUUCAAUAUCUUUGAAGCUAUGAGGUACCCUAGUGACAUUCAUUCCUGUUUUUCUAUUGAUGCUCUUGAAUUUUUAGUGCAGGACACCUUUGAAGCAAGUGUGGGGGAAGACCCGCUCAAGAAAACAUUGGAACUUGGUUUAAGCUCCCAGAAGCGAUCGAUCGCAGGGAAUGCAGCGAUCGAUCGUUUGUCGUCUGCCAUAAAAAUCGCUGCUUCUUCUUCUAUGGUUUUUGAUGAUGAAUUGCUUGAAAUAGCUGCUGCCCUUGAUGCUCCACCUUAUAUCCCAGCUAAGUUUAACUCUAAAUUCAUUCCUCUUCCAUUAACUGAUGAAAAACUUGCUCCUUCUGUGAUCCAGGCACCCAAAUUAGAACUGAAACCAUUGCCCGAACACUUGAAGUAUGCCUUUUUGGGAGAGAAUGAGACAUUACCAGUCAUCAUUGCAGCCAAUCUUUCUAUGAAUGAGGAAGAGAAAUUGGUGAGAGUUCUAAGGGAACACAAAUCAGCAAUUGCAUGGAGCAUAGCAGAUAUAAAGGGAAUAAGCCCUUCCAUGUGUAUGCAUCGAAUUCUCUUAGAAGAAGGCACCAAACCAUCAAGAGAGGCCCAAAGACGUCUCAAUCCGCCUAUGAUGGAGGUAGUCAAGAAGGAGGUUCUCAAACUCCUUGAUGUGGGCAUCAUUUAUCCCAUCUCUGAUAGCGAAUGGGUGAGUCCGGUCCAAGUUGUACCUAAGCGUUCUGGCAUCACAGUUGUGAAGAAUGAAGACAAUGAAUUGGUUCCAACCCGAGUUCAAACCGGUUGGAGGGUUUGCAUUGACUACCGCAAACUCAACACGACUACACGUAAGGACCAUUUUCCUUUGCCUUUUAUUGAUCAGAUGUUGGAAAGACUUGCAGGUCAUGCAUAUUAUUGUUUCUUGGACGGAUACUCCGGUUACAAUCAAAUUGCUAUUCACCCGGAGGACCAAGAAAAGACAACUUUCACAUGUCCUUUUGGGACAUUCGCAUACCGGAGGAUGCCUUUUGGUCUAUGCAACGCCCCUGCGACAUUCCAAAGGUGCAUGAUGAGCAUAUUUUCUGAUAUGGUUGAAAAGAUCAUCGAGGUCUUCAUGGACGAUUUUUCUCUCUACGGUGACUCUUUUGAUUCUUGUCUAUUUAAUCUAUCUUUAGUUCUUAAGAGAUGUCAAGAAACUAAUCUUGUUUUAAACUGGGAAAAGUGUCAUUUUAUGGUGCAACAAGGUAUAGUUUUGGGUCAUAUUAUAUCUGCUAAAGGGAUAGAAGUAGACAAAGCAAAGAUAGAUCUUGUACGCUCCUUACCACCUCCCACAUCCGUGAAGGAGGUGCGUUCUUUUCUUGGUCAUGCAGGUUUCUAUCGACGUUUCAUCAAGGACCACUCGAAGAUCACAAGACCAUUAUGUCGACUACUUCAAAAAGAUGUCCCUUUUGUCUUCGACAAGGAGUGCAUGGAGGCCUUUGAGAAGCUAAAGAAGAUGUUGACUGAGGCCCCUGUUAUCAUGCCACCGGAUUGGAGCCUUCCCUUUGAGCUUAUGUGUGAUGCAUCUGAUUAUGCCGUGGGAGCUGUGUUGGGCCAAAGAGUUGAAAAGAUCCCUCAUGUUAUUUACUAUGCGUCAAGGACGCUCAAUGAUGCCCAACUCAAUUAUUCCACCACAGAAAAAGAAUUAUUAGCCGUUGUGUUUGCUUUGGAAAAGUUUCGUUCAUAUCUUUUGGGUACUAAAGUUAUUGUUUUCUCUGAUCAUGCAGCCCUUAGGUACCUACUUACAACGAAGGAAGCAAAGCCUCGGUUAAUUAGAUGGAUUCUCCUCCUUCAAGAAUUCAAUUUGGAGAUCAAGGACAAGAAGGGAUGUGAGAAUGUGGUAGCUGAUCAUUUGAGUAGGUUGGUGCAUAGCUCAAAGGAGGAAGAAGAUGCACUACCAUUGAAGGAAACUUUCCCAGACGAGCAAUUGUUUGAAAUACAAAAAUUGGGAUCAGAAGGAAAAACGAUCGAUCUCAGCCUUUCUAGCGAUCGAUCGUUGGCUCAUACAGAGAGGUCAGAAAGCAAAACGAUCGAUCUCGCCCAUUUCAACGAUCGAUCGUUUUCAGGUUCAGAAAGCAAAACGAUCGAUCUCACCGUCCAAACGAUCGAUCUCGCCAGGAACCCGAAAUUUUCUUCUUCUUCUUUUGAGCCAUGGUUCGCAGACAUCGUCAAUUAUAAGGCAACCAAGCUAGUUCCGGAAAAUUUCACUCGAGCUCAAAAGGAUAAGUUGAUCAAAACCUCAAGGCAAUAUGUUUGGGAUGAGCCAUACUUAUGGAAGUUUUGCGCAGAUCAAUUGGUAAGAAGGUGUGUCCAUGAAUCUGAAUUUCAUUCUAUACUAACCUUUUGCCAUACUUAUGCUUGUGGAGGACACUUUGGAGCAAAAAGGACUGCCUUGAAGGUCCUUGAAUGUGGAUUCUAUUGGCCUACAUUAUUCAAGGAUGCUUAUCUCUUUUGCAAGACAUGUGAUAGAUGUCAACGUACAGGUAACUUGGGUCCAAGGGAUCAAAUGCCUCAAACUCCAAUCAUAAGUGUUGAAAUAUUCGAUAUUUGGGGCAUUGAUUUCAUGGGUCCAUUCCCUUCUUCAUAUGGCUUUCUUUACAUUCUACUUGCAGUUGAUUAUGUGUCUAAAUGGGUGGAGGCAAAAGCCACCCGGACUAACGAUGCUAAAGUGGUUUCAGAUUUCCUUAAAGCUCACAUCUUUUCUAGAUUUGGGACCCCAAGAGCCAUAAUCAGUGAUGGUGGAUCGCAUUUUUGCAAUAGGACCUUUGAAGCUCUCCUUCGGAAGUACAAUAUCACCCACAAAGUGUCUACACCAUAUCAUCCCCAAACAAGUGGGCAAGCGGAAGUGUCCAACCGUGAAAUCAAGCAAAUCUUAGAGAAGACUGUGGCACCAAAUAGGAAGGAUUGGAGCUUGAGAUUAGAUGACGCUUUAUGGGCUUAUAGGACUGCCUUCAAGACACCCAUUGGCAUGUCACCCUUCCGAAUUGUUUAUGGUAAGCCAUGCCACUUACCCGUGGAGUUGGAACAUCGAGCAUGGUGGGCGGUCAAGAAAUUUAACAUGGACUUGGACGUUGCGGGCUUGCAUAGAAAACUUCAGCUGAAUGAGCUUGAGGAAAUCCGCAAUGAAGCUUAUGAGAGUGCUAAGAUAUACAAGGAGAAGACUAAGGCAUUUCAUGACAAGAUGAUAAUGAGGAAGACUUUUGAUGUUGGACAAAAAGUCCUUCUUUUCCAUUCCCGCCUUAAAUUAUUCCCUGGUAAGCUUCGUUCACGUUGGAUUGGUCCAUUCGUUGUUACUAAUGUGUUUCAUCAUGGUGCAGUAGAAAUUCAAAGUGCAAAGACCGGAAUGAAAUUCAAGGUCAAUGGCCAUCGACUCAAACCUUACUAUGAGUCAUUUGUGGAGCAAGAAGUGGAGGAUGUACCCCUCCAUGAACCCCCUCCCCUUGAGUAAAUUUCUUGGUCCACGUCCGGCUGGAAGGACGUUAAAACAAGCGCUUGUUGGGAGGCAACCCAAACUUUUUUGUUUUUAAUUUGAGUCUUGUUAGUUCGUUUUAAUGUGUUUUGUGAGUGUGCAGGUGUACCCAUUAAGAAAGGCUAGGAAGUUUUCCUUUCCUGCUCGAAAACAGAGUGCUGGCUGCGCAGUCAGUCGACUUUGGCUGGCUGCCGUUUUUAGCUCCGAUGGAACCAGGAGACGUGCCAUAUAUGCAUAGAAAGCUCUCUGAGUCUAGUUUCUGUACGAUUUUACAGCACUGGAUUCGGAGUUCUGCUGCGUUCCCAG